CGAGGUGACGCACCAAUCGUUUUACGAAACCUUGACCUUCAAGUGCUCACUAACCUCCGUCAGUGGAUAAUGCCACUGGGUCGUUGCCGCAGUCAUUGAGGAAAUCUUCUGGAUAUGAGUUGCCGCUAUAUCCCUUCAUUAAUUCGGAAUGCGCCUCGCUUAAAGACCCGAGGGAUCGAAAUUUUGCGUGACCCACGGACAAAUAAGGGUUCCUCGUAUACUCUCCAUGAACGCCAACUUCUGGGGAUUCAUGGACUGUUGCCACCGAAUCCUCAAAAUCAAGAUGUUGAGGAACAGCGAGUUAUCUCAAACCUUUAUCAGCUGGAUGAUAAUCUUAGCCGUUACAUGAUGCUAAUGUCCCUUCAAGAUCUUAACGAAAAGCUUUUUUAUCGGACUAUCAGAACACAUUUAGAGUAUUGCUUACCACUUAUUUACACACCUACUGUUGGCUUAGCAUGUUUGAAUUUCGGUUUUGUUUUCCGAAGGCCUCGAGGUAUUUAUAUUACAAUUCAAGAUAGAGGGCAUAUUUUUACUUUACUAAAAAAUUGGCCUGCUGAUACAAUUAAGACUGUAGUUAUGACUGAUGGCGAACGUAUAUUGGGUUUCGGAGAUAUGGGCGCUAAUGGAAUGGCUAUUCCUCUAAGCAAGGCUGUUCUGUACACUGCCUUAGGAGGCUUACAACCUUAUCAUUGCCUACCUGUGAUGUUGGAUGUUGGUACGAACAAUGAAAAGCUUCUGGAGGAUGAGUUUUAUGUUGGUCUUCGUCGGAAACGGGCCACCGGAGAAGAGUAUAUUUCUUUCAUGGAUGAAGUUGUGGAGUCAUUGUCUGCGCAUUAUGGACCAAAUGUUUGUCUGCAUUUUGCAGACUUCAAGAAUUCAAAUGCUUUUCAACUUUUAGAGAGAUAUCGUUCGAACUACAUAACAUUCAAUGAUGACAUACAAGGUUCUGCUGUGGUUAUUGUAUCAGGUCUAAUGACUGCAUCCAGAGUGACACAAAAGAAAAUAUCUCAGAACAGUUAUCUCUUUUAUGGUGGUGGGGGAGCUUCUAUCGGUAUAGCACGUUUGUUAGUACAAGCAAUUAUGGAGGAAGGUUUCUCUGAAGAUGAAGCUAAAUCACGUAUUUUUAUAAUGGAUUCUAAAGGUUUAAUUGUCACAAGUCAUGAACUUAGUGCAGCAAAAUCAGAAUUCGCUCGUUCUGAUUAUCCUAAAGUAGAUUCACUUUUGGAAGCUAUUCGAUUAAUUCGACCUUCUGUUUUAAUUGGUGCUUCUGGACAAAGUGGAGCAUUCACGCGUGAUAUUCUUCGUGAACUGUCAACAAUCCAUAAGACUCCUAUCAUAUUUGUCCUAAGCAAUCAGUCAAAUCUCGGCGAAUGCACUUCCCAGAUGGCUUAUAAGGCUACAGAAUGGAGAUGUAUAUUUGUCAGUGGUUCUUCUUCAGAACCUGUUCGAACACCAGAUGAUCGUUUAUUAAAACCGAGUCAAGGAAACAACUGCUAUGUUUUUCCAAGUUUGGUUAACGCAUUAUCAUUGGCUGUCAUUCGUCCGCUAAAUUAUAAAUUGCUAUUGACUGCAGCAAAGUCAUUCAAGAGUCAGUCAGGGAUUCGGUGAAGAAAUCUCUUUUCAUCGAUUUUAUUCUCAAAGCUAUAUGGUAACAAAACAUGCUAUUUUAAAGAAAUAAUCUACAAUUUAUUUCUUAAUGAGCAUAAUUUAUCGGACUUAGUAACAAAAGAACAAUUACAAUAUGGCUACAACACAUGUAAUUUCUAUUAACCAAAUAAAAAUAGAAUUCUAGCGAAGUAUAUAGAAGGGUGACUUAGUUGUCAAGGCAUUUGAAUUUUGGGCACUAAGUUAAUUUUUUAAUCAAGCGUACUAGAAAAGUCAGUUAAAUAUUGAUAAUUAUGGAAAGUGAAUUACCAAGUAUGGUAAUAUAAAUCGAAAAAUAAAAUGGAAUCGGAAAUAGAGUAAAAAAUGAUUUGUUUAUGGCAAAAGGCUAACACACUGGAACAGUUGAGAAGAUGGUUGUUAGUGAAACUAGAAAACACAAAUACAGGAGGAUUACACAGUUUCGGGAUUGAGAUUGCCUAAAAGAGACCAUUUCUCUGAGCCAUGCACACUGCCUUUUAUUAUAGAUCUCAAUGGUUGUUUUUAUACUUUUCCGCCAUAAAAUCAUAUGAGUUUUGUACCGUAAUGUUUAUUUUAUCCUCCGAACUAUAAAUGCAAGAGAAUCUUAUCAUUGAUCACGUUUUGCAUGAAAAUCGGUAUUUUGUGUGAAGUACUCUUUUUUGGUUAUUAAUACAGUCUACUCGGUUCGAUUUCUCUAAAGAAAAAACCGUUGGAUAUUACAAUCAGGAUUCAGUUCUUUUGAAUGAAUAUGACCACUGGUCGUCUAUCUCAUUAGAAAAUAAAUUUUAUCUAGUUCUUUAGAUUUCUUACUUUUUCGCAAUUUUAUAUUCUUGUGAUAACGAGCUCUUAGUUCAACCAGUGCAGUCUACUGUAAGCCUAUUAUUACUUAUGAUGUAUGGCUUUUUUGAUCGCUACUACUUUCAAAGAAUUUAGUUCCUGUGUACAAACACUCAUGCGGUUAACUAGUAUAAAUUUUCCUAGCCUGCGCAAAAAUUUCAUAAAUUACAUGUUCCAUUUUUACAGUGAUUGUAAACGUCUGAUAUAUGACACAUACUCUAAUUUUUCAUCAUUUUCUGCUUUUGAUUAUUAUUCCAGAAACUAUCUGAAUUAGUUACAGACGAUGAUAUACGUCAAGGUAGUAUGUAUCCAUCAAUUGCUAGAUUGCCAACAAUUACAAAAGAAGUCUCUUGCGCUAUUAUGGAACAAGCAUACAAGGAUAAAAUUGCAUUUUUUACUCCGGAACCAUAUAAUAAAAUGGAAUUUAUUGAAUCUUACUAUUAUGAUCAUAGAUAUAUUAAUUUUACACCCGACCAAUAUGUUUGGUAGCCAUUUUGGCGCAUUUCUAUUCCCUGUUUCCUCUAUCUGUCUUUUUGAGUAGAACUCAAUUUUAUCUUCAAACUGGUAAGAAUGAUUUCAACAUAUGUAUUAAUAGUGUUUGGCUACUGCUUAUCAUCUGUUCAUCUUAAAGUUUUGAUUUGAAUAUCGAUGUUCGUUGUAUUCAUACAUUUCUUCUGUAAAAUGAUUGUUCUGUUAAACGGUUUGUACCAACUGUGGAAAAUGUUUUUCAGUAAAUAACUAUACCUUUCAACUGUGGUGAUUAAAAAAGUAAUAGAAAUUAUGUCGUCAACAUAUACCUUAGAUGUUCAAAAUGUAUUAAUAGCUUCCACAAU